UUCAAGCGGCGGCAGUCAAAUUGAACUCGAGCCACAUAUGCCCCCGCCGUUGCAGCCGCUCGCCGCGGCUCCCGCCUGCGCGCGCACGCUGGCCGACCUCCUAGUUGCGCUCUCAGCCGCCCGCGCGCUCCCCAAGGGCCAGCAGCUCCAUGGCCACCUUCUCAAGGGCGGCCAUCUCCCCGCCGUCGCCUCCUCGCACGCGCUGCUCGCCCACCACCUCCUCACCUUCUACGCCCGCUGCUCGCUCCCCGAGCUUUCCCUCCGCGCCUUCCUCGACCUCCCCGCUCCCCCCUCCCCCGCCGCAUGGUCCUCCCUCAUAUCCUCCUUCGCCCAGAACGGCCUCCCGGCGGCAGCCUUUGACGCCUUCCGCCGCAUGCUCGCGGCCGGGGUCGCCGCCACCGACCGCUCCAUCCCCCCCGCCGCCAAGGCCGUCGCAGCUGCCGCGGACUCCUCGCGCCCUCCGCUUGCCCCGCACGCCCUCCAUGGCCUUGCCUCCAAGACGCCGUUCGCGGGCGACGUGUUCGUGUGGUCGGCGGUUCUUGACAUGUAUGCCAAGUGCGGGAACCUUGCGGACGCCCGCCGGGUGUUCGACGAAAUGCCGGAGCGGAAUGUUGUCUCGUGGUCUGCCCUCAUUGGUGGCUACGCGGAUGCUGGGAUGCAUCCUGCAGCACUCUGCAUCUUCCGCUCGGCACUGGAGGAGGCUGUGCAGGUCAAUGACUUCACAGUUUCGUGCAUUGUUCGUGUAUGUGCUGCAGCCACACUCUUUGAGCUUGGGGCUCAGGUACAUGCCCGAUCUAUAAAGACAGCACUUGAUGCAUCGCCGUUUGUGGGCAGCUCGCUUGUUUCUCUGUACUCGAAGUGUGGCCUUGUGGAUUGUGCUUACCAGGUGUUCAGUGCAGCACCUGAGAGAAACCUUGGGAUUUGGAACGCAGUGCUCAUUGCAUCUGCACAGCAUGGCCAUACUUCCACAGCAUUUGAACGUUUCACAAAGAUGCAGAAUGCCGGGUUCCGUCCUAACUUCAUUACCUUCCUUUGUUUACUCACAGCAUGUAGCCACGCUGGUCUUGUCGAUGAGGGGAAGCGAUAUUUUUCCCUCAUGAAAGAAUAUAGAAUUGAACCGCAGGUUGAACAUUAUGCUGCAAUGGUUGACCUACUUGGUCGUGUAGGACGUAUAACUGAAGCACUGGACCUUAUUGAGUCAAUGCCCAUGGAACCACCUGACUCUGUUUGGGGUGCACUCCUAAUGGCAUGUCGCAUGUUCAAGGAUGCAGACACUGCGGCAAUUGCUGCAAAGAGACUGUUUGAGACAGGGUCUCGCAGCUCUGGUGCACACAUGCUCUUGUCAAGCACGUAUGCAGCUGCAGGAAGGCAUGUCGAUGCAGCACUUGCAAGGAAGGCAAUGCGUGAUGCAGGUAUACGGAAAGAGACUGGUCUUAGCUGGCUUGAGGCUGCAGGGGAGGUGCAUACCUUUGUUUCAAACUGCAGGAGACAUCCAAGAAGCAAUGAAAUUUAUAAUGUGCUGGAGAAAGUUGGUAAGAAAAUGGCGGCAGCUGGUUAUGUGGCAGACACUAGUGCAGUGGUUAAGGAUGUGGACAGAGAUGAGAAGUGCGCAUCACUGGGGUAUCACAGCGAAAGGCUAGCAAUAGGGUUAGGGCUCUUGAUUGUUCCGGAAGGUGUGCCAAUCCGAGUUAUGAAGAACUUAAGAGUGUGUGAUGAUUGUCACAAUGCAGUUAAGUAUCUCAGUAAGUGUACAGGAAGAGUUGUGGUUCUCAGGGAUAACCGUCGAUUCCACCGGUUUGAAGCUGGGUUGUGCUCUUGUGGGGAUUUCUGGUGAUCUACACCAUUCUCUUUCCUAUUGCCCUUAUUGGGCAGUUUGGCUCACAUGGAUUCAUCGAUUGGGUCUUUCACUUAAAGUACAUUUCUUUGAUAAAUGGGUCUAUGUGAACUCAGAAGCUGAUACGAGUCAUAAAGUUUAUUUUGGCAUUAUGGUGAGGUGAUGGAUUCAAUUUUAGGGCUGCUUGGAAAUUUUGCAAUAAGUCUGGUCACUUAGGAUGAAACAAUUCUUGGAUAUGGAAGAUGGCCACAUAGUGCUACUAUAUAUUCAGGGACGACAUGACUCUGUGGCCUUCUUAUUUGCAGUAUUCAUACAAUGUACCAUGGAUCCACUGGAACAUAGCAUUUUUUGUAGAAUAGUUAGAGAAGAACUCAUGAUAUCAUCUUAUGAGUUAUGGCAUCAUACUGUGGUGCAUAUUGCUUUCACAUGAGUGUAACCAUAGCCCCUCACAGAGCGAUCGAACAUUAGUUGCACUUGUUUAUUCCAUUUUAUCCGGGAGAAGAUCAAAAUGGGCCACUAAACACACUGUUGUGCAUAUCUCUCCACUGUUGUGAAAUCGACCGCUUCAUGCUUUGGCAGACCCAUGUGUUCAUGCCUUUUUCUUGGGCUUGUCUGAUAAUCUGCAUUUAGUAUGUACACUUUCAUUCCAAUGCCCUGCGAGUCCUAAAAGAACUGCCUCUCCAGUUUCAGCGAAACUGCAAAAUAUUGAUUUCUUUGGAUUGGAUGUUGUCACCUGUAUUUGUAUACUGAAACUGCUGGGCUUAUACAUGCUCUCGUGAGACAGAUCCUUCAACAGGAUAUCCUUAGGGUCAACCUCAGUUCAAUGAUUUGACGCUACUUCCUCCUGCACAGAAGAAUGACUGAGAAACUUUCCGGGAAGCAUGCUCUCAAUAACAGGGAAAUGAUGGCUGGAUCCUACACUGGUGGUUAUGUCUUUCUAAACAUAAGUUUCAAUUAUUGUAUGGCCAGUGUCACUAUCUGUAAUUCUUCUGUGAAGGAACUAGGUAUCAUAUAUAUAUAUAUAUAUAUAUAUAUAUAUAUAUAUAUAUAUUUAUUAAUCAUGGGUAGUACGGGUUUUAAUAUCGAAUCUUUUGGUUAGUUGGCAUGAUUUGAUGGAUGCAUUUCGUUUGGAAAAUGUCUUACAGACUCUGAUUGUGUACACAAUCACUGGUGUUAUUGGCCAGAGUAAAAUCUUGGGCAAAAGACACUGUUCAUUGCUGGUCCCAAAUGAUGAUUGGUGAACCCCUCUCUUUUGAACCACACAAAGAUAUGGAUGAAUGGUUGCCAAGUGGGUGAGAGAUUUGGUGGGGUAGAGAGUGACAGGGGAACUCAUCUUCAACACGCAUAUCAAACUGCAGCCUGCAGGUUUCCUGGGGAAGCCAGUAGCCUAGCAUGUCCUAUAUAUACAAAAGGGUUUAGUUGUGGGCUCUUGUAAGCAACACUAACAGAAGCAUUUCCUGUCAAAUAUGAGUUCUCUAAGAGGGUUUGGAAAUAUCGCCAGAAGAUGGAGAGAACUCAAUGGUGCGAAUUACUGGAAGGGGCUACUUGAUCCUCUUGACGUCGACCUCCGGAAGAAUAUCAUCAACUACGGUGAGCUCUCACAGGCAGCAUACACUGGGCUCAACAGAGAGAGAAGGUCAAGGUACGCUGGGUCUUGCCUCUUCAGACGCAAGGACUUCCUCAGCAGGGUAGAUGUAUCAAACCCUAAUCUGUAUGAGAUUACGAAGUUUAUAUAUGCAAUGUGUACCGUGAGCUUGCCGGAUGAUUUCAUGAUAAAGCCACUGUCAAAGGCCGCAUGGAGCAAGCAGUCAAAUUGGAUGGGGUUUGUUGCUGUGGCCACCGACGAGGGUAAGGAAGUGCUCGGGAGGCGGGAUGUGGUGGUGGCAUGGCGUGGGACAAUACGGGUGCUAGAGUGGAUGGAUGACCUUGAUAUUUCCUUGGCGCCUGCUUCAGAAAUAGUACGACCAGGGAGUGCCAAUGAUCCCCGUGUUCAUGGAGGAUGGUUGUCCGUCUACACGAGUACUGACCCAGGGUCUCGGUACAAUGAACAGAGUGCACGAUAUCAGGUGUUGGAUGAAGUCAAAAGGCUGCAGGAUCUGUACAAGCAAGAGGAGACCAGCAUCACCAUAACAGGUCACAGCCUUGGGGCCGCUCUUGCAACCAUUAGUGCUACCGACAUUGUCUCCAACGGCUACAACAAAACCUGCCCGGUCUCGGCCUUCGUGUUUGGUAGCCCCAGAGUGGGCAACUCCGACUUCCAGAAAGCAUUUGACAGUGCGGAAGAUCUGAGGUUGCUCCGUGUCCGGAACUCCCCUGACGUGGUCCCAAACUGGCCAAAGCUGGGAUACAGCGACGCCGGCACAGAGCUCAUGAUCGACACAGGGGAAUCACCCUACAUCAAGAGCCCUGGGAACCCCUUAACAUGGCAUGAUAUGGAGUGUUACAUGCAUGGGGUUGCCGGGACGCAGGGGAGCAACGGAGGGUUUGAGUUGGAGGUUGAUCGGGACAUCGCGUUGGUGAAUAAACACGAAGAUGCACUGAAGAAGGAGUAUUCGAUUCCACCGUCUUGGUGGGUGGUUCAGAACAAAGGUAUGGUGAAAGGCAAGGAUGGUCGGUGGCAUCUGGCCGACCAUGAGGAUGAUGAUGACUGAUCCUUUUACGUGAUGCAAUUCAGUGCGACAGCUGGGCAACAAGUUGCAACCAACGAGCUUUCCUUGAGAACAUGGCAAAUAUUCUGCAUUAUCUUCUUUUAACUGUUUGAGAGUAAAGAAAUGCAUCCUGUUAUGUUCGAACUCAUAUUUUUCAGUGAACUGUUAUUGCUUUCGAGACCAGUGAGUUUAAAGAACUCUGAUCGAUCUUGCUGUAAUAAAGUCUUAAUUUUUUUUAGCUGUUCAUGUGUGACAUUUCCCCGCAUGAACAAUGUUAAGGAACUUGUGUGCUUUGUGUAUUAUUUGAUUAUUUCCUAAUAACAAGUAACAUGCACACAGUAUCAUGUUAGGUGUA